AAAUAGAGCUUUGCUCUUGUUGCCCAGGCUGGAGUGCAGUGGCACAAUCUCGGUUCACUGCAACCUCCGUCUCCCAGGUUCAAGCGAUUCUCCUGCCUCAGCCUCCCAAGUAGCUGGGACCAGAGGCGUGCGCCACCAGUCCCGGCUAAUUUUUUGUGUUUUAGUAGAGACGAGGUUUCACCAUGUUGGCCAGGCUGGUCUCGAACUCCUGACCUCAGGUGAUCCACCCGCCUCGGUAUACCAAAGUGUUGGGAUUAUAGGCGUGAGCCACUGCGCCUGGCCUGAGUGUUUCUUGAUGGGAAGAAGAAAUAAUGUAAAAAUGUCUUUUCUCACAUAUUAAUGUAUAGAUUCAACACUAUUUCAAAAUUCCAACCAAGAUCACAAGAUGAUUUGGAGGGAAAUGAUACAAAACAUUUCUAAAGAUUAUAGAGAACAGUACUAAUGGAUUUUUUUUUACAAGAAACUAGAGUCCUGCCAGAUAAUAAAAACAUAUAAAGCAAAAAGUAAAAACUUAACCCUAAAUGAAACAAUUCUGGACAGAUUACUCAGACCCUAAAAGAAUUUAUCAUACAGUCAAAAAGGCAUCCAUCAUAAAGCCCCAAAAAAGGAAUGAGUUAUGUAAUCAAUGGUAUUGAUACAGCUCUAGAAAAGAACUUAGAUCCACGUGAUGCUGUAAACCAAAGUAAAUUCUAGAUGGAGUAAAUAUUUUAAAAAUUAAAGUUUAAAAAAAUGAAUUAGAAAGGUCUGAAUGGGAAAUGAAAAGCCUCAAAAGGCACAAAAAUACAUGAUUGUAUAAAGUUUCUGUAUGUAUAAAGAAAUGACAAAAACAAAAUAUAGAGCCCAUAUAAAAGUCCUCAUCAUAAAUGGACCCAAGUCAUGAACAAUUCACAAAAUCAGUAUAACUAAAAAUGGCGAGGGGUAUUUAACUUCACUCCUUUUAAAAAGUUAGCAAUGAACUAUUACAGCUAAUGUAUUAGACAAAAUUUGACAUACAUUAUUGAUAAUAUGAUCAUGCAGUUAGCAUCAUUCAUACAAUGCCUGGUAAAGUUCAAAAGAGCUAAUGAUUAGAGUUCUUACACGUGCCAGGACCUGUUCUCAGUACCUUAGAGAUACACAACUGAGGUAGAUGCUAUAUUUCACUUUACAGGGGAAGUAAUUAGGCCAGGAGAGGGGAAAUAGCCAGAACACAGCUAGGAAUAGGGAGCCACAAGAUGCCAACAGGCGAGGCAAGAAAGUCCCCAGUAAACUAGUAAUUGAACAUUUUUGGUUCUAUUUUAAUUCGAUACAACACUACUUGGAAAAUUAAUAUGGCAAAGAUUCGCUAACUCCACUUCUAGUGAUUUAACCUAAAGGCGUGUGUACUGUGGGAAAGAUAAAACAGCUAUGAGGAAAUAAAAGCAAAAGCCUGAGGCUUAGGGAUGUUAGGCUCCUCGUUAUUAGUGAUGAAAAGUGCUUAAGACUGCAGUGGGUUAGCCAUUCAAAGCUUUGUUUCAAAUGAUCAUGAAGGCCACCGCUCCCGGAAAACCUUUGCGCUACAAAGAACGGGACAAAAAAAGAGAAAGAAAAAAAAAACACAAAUUGAAAAAGAAAUUAACACUUUCAAUUUUAGUAUUUUCAACGAUACAGAUUUUUAAAGGCUCGAAAGCAUUCAAAUAAGUUUUCACGUCUUUCCCCCCAAAAAACCUUAACUUUUUUUUCGAGACAGGGUCACGCUCUGUCGCCCCGGAUGGAGUGCAGUGGUGCGAUCUCGGCUCACUGCAGCCUUCACUUCUCGGGUUCAAGCGAUUCUCCUGCCUCAGCAUCCCGAGGAGCUGGGAUCCCAGGCACCUUACAGGCCUCCCAGAGUGCUUGGGACUGCAGGUGACAGCCACCGCGCCCGGCCUCCUUCACUUUCAUUUGAACUCUCUUUACCAAGAACUGUGUUAUGUGCCCUGCCUUUCUUCUUUCGUUAUCACUACGACCCUAUGGUGCACUGCUAUCCUAUUUUACCAACGAGAAAACUUCGGCCAGCGCAGCACCUACGGCUCAGUCCCGAAGCCUCGCGCUCUCAGUCAGAAAGCAACCCGCGGGCCGUCCCCUAGGAAACCAGGCUCGCCACACCCCUUGGUCGGACCCCACUUCCGCUCCUGCGCGCUGAGGCUCCGGCGGACCUCUGGUGGACAUGGCUGCUUCCCGCUUACCCCCAGCGACGCUAACGUUAAAGCAGUUCGUAAGAAGGCAACAAGUUCUUCUCCUCUACAGAAGGAUUUUGCAAACAAUUCGGCAAGUUCCAAAUGAUUCUGAUCGCAAAUACCUGAAGGAUUGGGCAAGAGAAGAAUUCAAAAGAAACAAAAGUGCCACCGAAGAGGAUACAAUCCGGAUGAUGAUAACUCAAGGCAAUAUGCAGCUCAAGGAGUUAGAAAAAACACUUGCUUUAGCAAAAUCUUAACUAUAGCAUUACUCUGAAGGAUUUUCAAAGUCUCCAUGUGUUUUGUUGCAUUUAGGAUUAACAAUGGACAACACAAAACCCAGUCUUACUAUUUAUAUGUACAGUAUUUGGUGAUAGAGAGCAAAGGAAAACACAUCAAAACAGUUGCCUUAACACUGAAAAACAUACCCUGCAUUUUGAAAAUGUUUACAGAUGUCUCAGCAGUUUUUAAAAGAAGAAAAAAACCACUAACAAAUGGCCAAUAGAUGCUGGACAGAAUCAUUAGGGAAGUGUAAAUCAAAACUACUAUGAGGCUGGGCGCAGUGGCUCACAUUUGUAAUCCCAGUACUUUAGGAGGCUGAGGUAGGUGGAUCACUUGAGGUCAGGAGUUCAAGACCAGCCUGGCCAACAUGGUGAAACCUCAUCUCUACUAAAAAUACAAAAAUUAGCUUGGCACGGUGGUACAUGCCUGUAGUCCCAGCUACUUGAGAGGCUGAGGCAGGAGAAUCACUUGAACCCAGGAAGUGGAGGUUGCAGUGAGCUGAGAUUGUGCCACUGCACUUCAGCCUGGGUGACAGUGAGACUGUCUCUAAAAAAAAAAAAAAAAACCUGAGAUUCACAUUCACUAGAAUGGCUGUAAUUAAAAAGAGAAAUAAUAUUAAGUGUUGGUGAAGAUGUACAGAAAUUAGAGAACCCUCAUACAUUGCUGGUGGGAAUGUAAAAUGGUGUAGCCACUUCAGAAAACAGACUGUGAGUUCCUCAAAAGAUGAAACAGCUGCUGUAUGAGUUAGCAAUUCUACCCCAUGCCCAUAGCCAUUAUUUGGCACUAAAAAGAAACGAAGGACUUAUAUAUGCUAAACAUGGAUAAACCUUGAAAAUGUUAAGUGAAAGAAGCCAGUCACAAGAGAUCACAUGAUGAUUCCAUUCAUACAAAAUGUCCAGAAUAGGCAGAAAGAUUAGUGGUUGCCUAGGCUGGCUGUAGAUGGAAUGGAGUAACUGCUACUGGGUGUAGGGUUCCUUUUCAGGGUGAUGAAAAUAUCCUACAGUUAGCUUGUGGUGUAGGCUGCACAACUCUGAAUAUAUUCAAAUCCACUGAACUGUACAUUUUAAAUGUAAGGUAUGAAUUAUAUCUCUAUAAUAAAGCUGUUAUUAAAAAACUCUUGAGGUGUAGGACUGAAAGUAUACUGACACCAGGAGAUACCCUGGAACUUUCUCGAAAAAUCCUGCAUUAUCCCUGAGGGUUGUUCAGGUACCUUCUUCACGUGUGUCAUAGUUUGAUAGAGGACUCAUCAAAAAGAUCACCACUGGGAAUCUAGAUCUUUGCUGAAAAGGGAAGAGAAAGAGAAGCUUAAUGAGCUCAUUGAAGCACUUACCAGAAAGAAGAGGGAAGACUUCUGGGUGAAACCUCUGUGAGUACCUUAACAUUCACAUGGAAGUAGUAAAAAUAAGAUUCUGGGUGCAGUUCUCCUCCAAUGACAGGAAAAAAACAAAGAAUUUGAAGAAUACGUUAGAGACAAAUACGUUACAACCAAAGUUGACUUCAGGGCACUUUUGAAGGAGAUCAAAUUUAUAACAAAUAAUUUAAUGAAAGUGAAAGCUUGUGGAAGAUGUUGGAAUCAUCCAUCCUGAAAAUUGAAGUCUUCUGUUCAUCAACAGAACAGCUAAGAAGCUAAUCUAAGAAUGACCAGCACCUGAAAGAUGUAGACAACAUUUUGCAGAAUGAUAAAUAGUAUCCAGUACUGGACUGUGCCUGAGAGGCAUCAACUGUACGUGGAUGUUGAUGACCUGGACUGUCAGGGUCCACCUCUACCUCCCAGAGCCUCAGAGCCCACAAGACAAAAUAAUUCUGAAUACUGUUCCAUGGGGGUAAUCUACUAAUUCAAAAUGCCUGCCUGUGCCAAUUUUCACGUUUUUAUGUAGAUAAGUAUUAGUUAACCUGUUGCAAAAUGAUCUGACAAAUAGAAGCAUUUGUGACGUUUCUGAACAGAGAACACUUUGGAAAUAUUUUUUGUGUGACAUGAUUGAUAAAUACAUGCUCUCUAGUAAAUCUAAAAUCUUGAAACUCAAAAUCAUCCUUUUAUGGGUGUAGAAGUCAGUGAUUUAAUGAUGCUCUUCAUAACAGUGGUGUACAUGGAAAGGUUUUCAUUAAAGAGCAUAUGUAGUUUGCAUUUGCAAGAUUCAACUAGCACAGACUCCAAGAAAACCUCAGUGUUUUUGUUUUUUAAAGCAGGUAAGGCCGGGCACUGUGGCUUAUGCAAGUAAUCCACACACUUUGGGAGGCUGAGGUGGAAGGAUUGCUUGAGCCCAGGUGUUUGAGAACAGCCUGGGCAACAUAGUGGGACCCUGCCUCUACAAAACAUUAAAAAAUUAGCUGGGCAAGUUGGCAUGUGCCUGUAAUUCCAGCUACUCAGGAGGCGGAGGUGGGAGGAUUGCAUUUAGCUUAGGAGGUUGAGGCUGCAGUGAGUCAUGAACAUGUCACUGCACUUCAGCCUGGAAACAGAGCAAGACCCUCCCUUCCCCCCUAGCCCCACCCCCCAGAAAAAAGUAAAACUCUGAAAAUUGAAUCUGUCAGAGGUGAAAAUUACUGUAAUGAACAUGCUUGUACAUGUCUAAAGAACAAUUUCUUCGCUUAUAUGUUUUGCUUAUACUCUCUGAAUUAUAGGCCAAUCUUGGUGAUUAACCUAAGGGAUUUAUUUAGCAGUUUCUUCUAAGGUGUGGAGCCACAGUCAUUAUGAAGUUGGUCUGAAUCAAACUGCCAGUGAUUUUUAUAGAGGAAUGAAAAAAAGAAAACUGCUGGUGAAACACACUUUAUCAUGAAGCAGUCUUUGUCAGUACUCUGGAUUAGACAAAUUACUUUUUGGAUGUUUCCUGAAAACUACUUCUGUUUAAAUGUUAAACUUUUGUUCCUAAAGUUUAAGAUGUUUGAAUGUCAGUUUAUAUAUUUGAACUACAAUAAAUUGAUCCUUUUAUAGUAAAAAAA